GCACGCACGUACAGUACACCUUUCCCCCAUAAAAUGCGCGGCAAAGUCUUCCUGGCGGCAGGCGCUCUUCGGAGAAGGCCUUAGUAAGAGAAGGCAGACCCCACCGCUGCAAGGAAUGGGAGGCGCACUUGUUGGCACUGGGCCGCCCCUCAGGGGCCCAGAGAAGUUUUGGGGUGGCGGCGAUGUGGCUACGGCGGCCUCUCCGCCCCCGUGGAAGCGAACAGAAAGAAGAGGAGGGUCGCGGCAGAACGCCUCUUUCGACGGGGGAAGCGAGACCAGACAGAGCCGCUCGCUCCUCGCCUGUCUUGAGCCAAGCUCCGCCUCGGAGGAGCACCCCAGGGGGCGUUUCGGGACGUCCAUUGGGCAGCCUGCCCAAGCUCGGCCCUCAGCCCCUGGCAAAGGGGCGGCCCCAGAGCGGGGAGCUGAGCCAACCACCGCGAGCGAAGGAAGCUGCUCUGCGCUCGCCCGCCUGCCCGUCAGUGAGGGAAGCAGCCAGCCAGCGAGAGACCGAGCCAGAGAAGGCGCGAGGCGACUAGCGCACAGCUUCGCCGGCUGGCGCUCCCCAGGAGGCCGCUCCUCCCCCGCCAGAGAAGAGGCAGCCUCCUGCUCGCCCGCCCGCUCUUUCUCCCCGGCCGGACUCCCCCUUCGCCGCCGCAGCCACCAUGGCCGAAGCGCCUCACCCCGUGGAGACCGACCCCGAUUUCCAGCCUCUCCCCCGUCCUCGCUCCUGCACUUGGCCCCUGCCCCGGCCGGAGCUCGCCGCGUCCAGCCCGGGACAGACGCCCACCCCGACCCCGGCGAGGGCCGCCUCCCCGUCCCGCUGUGGGCCAGUCGCGAGCCUCUGCGCUUCCUCGCCCGGCGGGGACCUGUUGAGCUUGCUGGAGGUUGGCGGCGGCGGCGGCGGCGGCGGCAGCGAGGGUUUCGAGACGGCGGGCGGCUCUGCGGCUGCAGCGGGGGACCUCGGGGCAGCAGGCGGCUGCCUGUGCGGAGACUUCCCGUGCCUCCAGCACUCCUCGCCGCCGCCGCCGCAGCAGGCAGCGGCGGCGGCGGGGCCCUCCCUGGCCUCUGUGGGGGGCCCCCGCAAGAGCAGCUCGUCCCGCCGCAACGCUUGGGGCAACUUGUCAUACGCCGACCUCAUCACGAAGGCCAUCGAGAGCGCCCCGGAGAAGCGGCUCACCCUCUCCCAGAUCUACGAGUGGAUGGUCAAAAGUGUGCCCUACUUCAAGGACAAGGGGGAUAGCAACAGCUCCGCCGGGUGGAAGAAUUCAAUCCGCCAUAAUCUCUCAUUGCACAGCAAGUUUAUUAGAGUGCAGAAUGAAGGAACAGGAAAAAGCUCUUGGUGGAUGCUCAACCCAGAAGGAGGCAAAAGUGGCAAGUCUCCCAGGAGAAGGGCUGCAUCCAUGGACAACCCCAGCAAGUUUGCAAAAAGCAGAGGUAGAGCUGCAAAGAAAAAAGCUGCUCUUCAGGCAGGUCAAGAUGGAAAUGGCGACAGUCCAAGCACACAGUUCUCAAAAUGGCCUGCAAGUCCCAGCUCUCACAGUAAUGAUGACUUUGAUAAUAAUUGGAGUACUUUUAGGCCUAGAACCAGUUCUAAUGCUAGUACAAUUAGUGGGAGACUUUCUCCAAUCCUGCCAGAACAAGAUGACCUUGGAGAAGGGGAUGUACACUCCAUGGUCUAUCCUUCACCAGCAGCCAAAAUGACUUCCACUUUGCCCAGCCUUUCUGAGAUGAGCAGUUCAGAAAACAUGGAGAACCUCUUGGAUAACCUCAAUCUUUUAUCCCCAAACACAUCCUUGGCUGGAUCAACCCAGUCUCCACCCACUACCAUGAUGCAGCAACCACCUGGUUAUUCAUAUGCUUCAUCUAACACAAGUAUAAGUUCACCAAAUGCAGACUACAGGAAAUACAGUUAUGCUCAGGCUAGCAUGAACUCCUUGUCCCAGAUACCUAUGCAAAAUAUUCAAGACAGCAAAUUGAGCUAUGGACCCCACAACCAAUAUAACUGCUCUGUAGGACUUCUGAAAGAAUUGCUUACUUCUGACUCACCUCCACACAAUGAUAUCUUGGCAUCUGUAGAAACUCAUGUUUCCCAGCCCAGUGGCCGAGUGCUGGGACAAAAUGUGUUAAUGGCCUCUAACUCAACAAUGUCGCCAUAUGGGAACCAACAAUCCCAUAACAAAAUCAUUACCCCCAGUGCCCACUCGCACCAAGGACAUAUCCAACCACCAUCAGUGGUUAACAGCCAUACCUUAUCUCUCACACUUAGCACUGUAUCUCAUGCUUCAAGUUUAAAUCGUUCGUCCACAGCAAAAACCUCAAUACAAGUGCCUAUGAGCAACCCAAUGCAAAUGAACAGCAUAAAUCCUUACACCACUGUGAACAGCUGUAAUGGUUAUGGAAGAGUGGGGAUUGUUUCUUUUCAUCAGGAGAAACUCCCUAGUGACUUAGAUGAUAUGUUUAUUGAACGAUUAGACUGUGAUAUGGAGUCAAUAAUUCGUAAUGACCUCAUGGAUGGGGAAACAUUAGAUUUUAACUUUGACAGUGUGUUGCCUAACCAAAGUUUGUCUCAUGGUGUUAAGACGACAACACACAACUGGGUGUCAGGAUAAGACCAGAAGGCUACAGUUUAAAGUACUUCAGACAUCUCUGACUGCAGGAACUAAGCAAGGGAGUCCAAAGAUGUCCUUCAACCUCUUGUGUCUUCUUUAUAAUGUGUUCCCCCACCCCCCUUGUCAAACUUGACAGCAGAUAGAUUUUUCCUGUAUUGGAUGUUUGCCACAUACAUGCAGGUUAUUUGCUGCUGUAGGUAAAUAAUGUGCCAUUGGAAAUGUCUUUAUUUAGAAGUGCCAAACUCACUACAAAGUCCUUGAAAAGCAGCAAAUACUUAUGCAUCAUGUUAUAUGUUGGCUGUGUAUAGAAGCAAAAUGGUUUUUUUAGGAAAAUACUAGAUCUGAGAAAAUCAUACAGUGGUCAUUUUAAACCUUCAGUCGUGUCUGAUCCACUUUAUCUUUUGAUCUUCUUAACCCUUGGAGAACUGUGGACAGCUGGAUUAAUUGCCUUGUGUGUGUUAAAAUUGUUCUACAUUUCAUAUAAGAACAUGUCAUUGAAUAUGAUCUAACCAAAGUUUCAGACUUCCACAUGAGAAAACAGAUUGACAGCUUUGUCAGCCAUGUUUUUAGAUUAUGUAGAUUUAUUGUGGGGCUGACAUCCAGACUGACUAAUUUUAUUAAUCAACUUGAACUUUUGUAAUAGGCAAAUAGCUAUUUUUCUUACAUCUCUACUUUGUAAUACAAGCUACUUAAAAAUAUUUUGCAGAAUCCAAAAUAUCUAGCAACAUGCAUAAAAUUUUGUAUACAGUAUUUUAAUUAGGCUAAGGAGAGAGAAGUUUAUAUUAGCACCAUUAAAGAUUUCUAAAGAGGAGGCACAUGUACUUCUAAAUGUAAAAUCUCCGAGAGAGUUUUCUGGCACAAGGGUGAUCUGUCUGUUUAUACAUACAGAUAACUUCAAUUCCUAUAUUCAGUUAUUUGUAUGUUUAGUGCUUCAUCCUUGCAAUUAUUCCAUGGAAAUUAGGGCAGGAACUUCUCUGUUUAAGACCAUUAUCAUUAGUAAUCUAUUGUAGGGUUGUCAUUUCUUCUCUCACUGUCUCCUAUUUAGUUCAAAACCUAGAACCUGCUUUAUAUUAUAUUAAAAGAGCAUUAUUUUGCAGGGACAAGCAGUAGAGCCUAAUUGUAUAAAUAACAAUGGUUGGUGUUAAUAACUUACUCCUUCAAUGUCUUACAUCGCUAGGGCUCUUCUUGAACAUCUCUCUCUCUCGGAGACUUUUAUAAGAGCAGACUUUUAACAUGUAGGUAAAUAAAUAAUUUGCUCCUUAGCAUGCGAAUUUCAUUGAGCAUCUUCAUACUUGGAUGUGUUUAAAAGAGAAAGUGACAAAUUAUCUGUCAUGGGUGGCUUAAGGUACUGCCAAAGGCAGGGCAUAGCCCCUGAGAUACCUUCUAAAAUGUCAGGAGUUACCUUUUGGCUGGGUAACACAUCCUUGUUGUCCUGUCUCUAUUACUUCUCCAACUAGCUUCUGAUUGUCCAGUGACUUCCCUUCCCUUCAAACCAUUUAGUAUGGGGUGGGAAGAGGAAGAAGAAAAGAGGUGUAGCUUCUGUGGCCAACAGGAUGUGAUUGAAGACCCUAUGCUCGAUUGCAUUUUCAUACAGUGUAUCCAAGUGUUCAGGUAGGUUUUUCUUACUGCUGGCAUAUCAAUGGGAACAGAAAAGGUCCUCUAAAUAUAUUAGACACUUGCACAGUGUUCUAAUAACUUCUCCAUGUAAUCCUGGGAAACUGAACAUUUAAUGAAGGAUGGUAUUGUAAAACAAAAAGAUGAUAAAAAAUGCUUUUUGCAUAGCUCUUAAUUUCUGCAGUACAUAGUUUUAAAAAAAAGAGUAUUGUAAAUGAUGGCUUUAUGAAAUGUGCAGAUUUUUACCAAACAGCCUUGUUUAUGUCUGUGUUUCUUCCCCUCUGUUGGUCUGUACCCUUGUGAGAAGUGUAUUCUACAAUAGAACUGUACCAGUACUUAAAUGUAUUGUUUCUACUGUAUAAAUAGCUGCAUUAAUGAGACUUCUGCUUUGAUAAACUGAGAAGUUGCACAAAAUAGUAAACAAAUGUUGAAUGCUGACAAUUUAACAGAACAUCCCUAAAGAACAGAAAAGAUUAAAGUGGACCAGUUCUUUAAUGGUCUUAAGUUUGCACUUGUUCAAAAACUGAAUGGGUGUUAUGAUGAACUUUUUAUUUUAUUGAUUUUAAGUUCAUAUUUUGAAUUUUUCAGGCUUUUUAAUUUAUAACUAAUUUUUUAAAUGGUUUUUUGUAUCUUUAAUAAGUGUAUUGCGGUUCAUGCAAACAAAGAAAUGUAACUCUGCAUUCAAACUAGAUUUCAUGGGGUAUUCCCACCUCGCCAUCCCACCCCAUACUACCUUAGCAGCACUAUUGCCAGACUGACAUGCAAAUAUUUUGCAUUUCAUUUGUGUGUGUUGUAAGAAUAUGUUUCACUGCUGUACACUGCAGAAUAUUAUUUGGAUAUUUGUAGGAAAGUGCCUGAGUCUUUCAAAAUAUAAAAUAAUCCUUUGUAUAAAGCCAUAAAUGUAUAUACAUUGCUUUAAUGGUGUUGUCUUUGAUAUGAUUUGUAUGCUGAUAAAAGAUUCUCUUUGUUACCAGUUGUAAUCGUUUAUAUAUAUUUGUGUAAAGGGCUUUGAAAUCUUUUAACUGAUCUGUGCAGUAAUCCUGUGAGGUAGGCUAUUAUUACUGGAAAGGUGACAAAUAUGUUAUAAAUAAAUAUUUCAAUUUUGUA